GUUUUCACCUCUUUGCCGGGAAUCCAAACAUUGUAAAUAGUACCUUCAAAUCACAACAACACUCUAAAAUCUAAUACUUAAACCAUUUUUCCAUAAAAGUAGAUUUUAAAUUUUAAAAUACAUUUUAAAAUCACAGUUGCAAUAACGUUAUAUUUUAAAAAAAAAUUAUGUUGGCUAACAUAUGAUUUGUCAUUUUAUACAAUCGCUUUAAAUCUUAGGUUAAUUUUAUAGACCAGUUCUAUGAGCACAACUGCACAAGGAUCUAAAUAUGUUUGACUUUAUAGUGCAUGUACAUAUACGUAAAACCAUAGAUCCACCAAAACGCUAACCCCAAAAAUAGUUUCCACCGCUUCGUCACAUCUCAAACGCUAGUACAUACAUAAUUACAUACACUGACACACCCAUAUCCUCUCUAUAUAUAUACACAUACACUCACAUCCCUAUCUUAUUUCUCUAUCUCUCUAGCACAAACCCAUCAACCAAAGAUACGGUGGCUUUCUUCUUCUCCUCCUUUGUCUUCUCCUCAAAGUCAUGUCUAAUCCAGCUUAUUCUAAUCUCUUCAACAAUGGAUUUGACAAUACAAACUUCAACUGUUCCACUUCUCCUUCUUACAUUUACAACUCUCACAACAGCUUUUAUUAUCCUAAUACCACAAACCCUAAUUACAUGGCUCCUACUACUUCCACUUUCCCUAACUCACCCCCGCUCAAAGAAGCUCUUCCUCUUCUUAGCUUAAGCCCUAUAAGGCACCAAGAACAACAAGAUCAACAUUAUUUCAUGGACACAGAUCAGAUCAGCUCUUCAAAGUUUCUUGAUUAUCCUCAUGAUGUAACCGUGGAUCUUCAUCUAGGGUUACCAAACUAUGGUGUUGGUGGGAGCUAUAUUGCUCCUGUUGCAACAACCGAUGAGCAAGAUGAUGACCAAGGAGUAGAGGUCACAGUUGACUCCCACCUUCAUGAUGAUGAUGAUGGAGAUCUACACAGAGAUCAUUACUACUGGAUCCCUACACCUGAUCAGAUUUUGAUGGGACCUACACAGUUCUCUUGUCCUCUCUGCUUCAAGACAUUCAACAGAUACAACAACAUGCAGAUGCACAUGUGGGGACACGGCUCACAGUACAGAAAGGGACCAGAGUCCUUAAGAGGAACCCAACCAACAGGAAUGCUAAGACUACCAUGUUACUGCUGUGCACCAGGCUGCAAGAACAAUAUUGACCACCCACGAACCAAGCCUCUUAAGGACUUUCGAACCCUCCAAACACAUUACAAACGUAAACACGGGUCUAGACCUUUUGCUUGUCGCAGGUGUGGCAAAGCCUUUGCAGUGAAAGGAGAUUGGAGAACGCAUGAGAAGAAUUGUGGUAAGCUUUGGUAUUGCUCUUGUGGCUCGGAUUUUAAGCACAAGAGGUCUCUUAAGGACCACGUCAAGGCUUUUGGAAAUGGUCAUAUUUCUUGUGGGAUUGAUAACUUUGGGGGAGAUCAUGAGGACUACUAUGAGUCUGCUUCUGAUAUCGCGCAACAAGAUGAUUGCAACACAAAUGAGUGUUAAUUAUGUUCUAAUAUGUUCUGUUUUGCUCUUAUUCAUUAAAUUAAUUGUAUGCAUGGGUUCUUUAGUUUUGUUCUUCGUUUUUAAGCAUGAGAAGAAUUGUUGUUUUCUUUUUACCUGAAUAGGCUUUUAAUACAUAGCAGAAUAUUAAAGACUCGUUGUACAACUUCAAUUAAAAAAACCAAAGAAACCCCAAGUUUUUACAACUUAU